UGACGGGAGCGGCCGCGGAUCGGAGGGGAGCCGCGCGUUUCCUUAACGCCGCCAUCAGCUCGCAGCUGACCAUCAACACCGCCAUCGUGUACAUGCACCGCUUCUACAUGGUGCAGUCCUUCACUCAGUUCCACCGCAAUUCGGUGGCUCCUGCGGCGCUGUUCCUGGCAGCCAAAGUGGAGGAGCAGCCCAGGAAGCUGGAUUAUGUGAUCAAGGUGGCACACGCCUGCCUGCACCCCCAGGAGCCGCCCCCCGACACCAGGAGCGAGGCUUACCUGCAGCAAGCCCAGGACCUGGUCAUUCUAGAGAGCAUAAUACUGCAGACCCUGGGCUUUGAGAUCACCAUCGACCACCCCCACACCCACGUGGUGAAGUGCACUCAGCUCGUGAGAGCCAGCAAGGACUUGGCGCAGACGUCCUACUUCAUGGCUACCAACAGCCUGCACCUGACCACCUUCAGCCUGCAGUACACCCCUCCCGUUGUGGCCUGCGUCUGUAUCCACCUGGCUUGUAAAUGGUCCAACUGGGAGAUCCCAGUCUCCACGGACGGGAAGCACUGGUGGGAAUACGUUGAUGGCACUGUAACUCUGGAGCUCUUAGAUGAACUGACCCAUGAAUUCCUGCAGAUCCUCGAGAAAACCCCCAACAGGCUGAAGCGCAUCCGGAACUGGAGGGCCUCGCAGGCGGCCAGGAAAUCCAAAGCCGACGAGCACGGCGAAGACGAGGGCCUUUCGGAGCAGACCAUCCUCAACAUGAUCUCCAGGAACAACAGCUCGGAUAUGAACAUUGCGGGGCUGAUGAGCAUGUCCACGUCCUCCACGGCCGCCGCGGGGCCCUCGGUGCCGGCAGCCGCCGACUCUCCCGGCGCUCAGAGCGCGGCGGACGCAGCCCCGGCGGAACGCUGGAUGUCCCAGCACCCUCCAUCCAAGCUGGACGCCGCGCAGAGCCACAGGACUAACGAGGGCACGGCGGGUGCUGAGCAUCCCUCUCAGCAGCAGCAGGACGGCGCCGGGUACGCGAAGCAGGGCGGAAAGAACGCGCCGUCGGCCAAAGUGUCGCUGAAGGAAUACCGGGCGAAGCACGCGGAGGAGCUGGCAGCACAGAAGAGGCAGUUGGAGAACAUGGAGGCCAACGUGCGUUCCCAGUACGCCUACGCAGCCAAGAACCUCCUGGUGCAGCAGCAGAGGGAGAGGGAGGUCCAGCAGGACGGCAACCCCUCGCCCAUCAUCCUGAAAAUCCCCAUUGCCGAGAACCCCGAGCGCCCUCCCGGCCCCGAGAAGGGCGACAAAAGCUCGGCGCUGAAGCUGCGGAUCCCGAUGGGGGGCGCGGGGGGGGCGGAGAGGCCGCUGCCCCCCAAGCAGGAGGAGAUCAAGAUGCGCAUCAAAGUGCCCAGCGAGCGGCCGGGCGCCUCGGAUGACGGCGGC